AUGGACAAUGAUGAAAAUACAUAUGUCAACGCAAGUUCCUUCAGGGCCAGCCCAAGAGAAGGAGCAAUAUAUUUCCAGUGGUGGAAGAGACCCACCAGAGCUGCUGCAGUGUGUCUGGGGCUGCUGUGUGUUCUCCUACUGGCUGGAAUCAUAAGCCUGUCUGUCUACCAGAGAAACCAAUCGACCAGUUACAACAACCUGACUAAAGCGAGAGACCAGCUACAGAAGGAGAAAGAAAACCUGAACAAGAAGAUCAAAGGGAGACGCUGUCCAGAAGGCUGGAGGGAGUUUGAAUUCAGCUGUUACUACAUCACCAAUGAGAAUAAAGCCUGGUCUCAGAGCCGUGAAGAAUGCCACGAGUUUGGAGCUGAUCUGGUGAUCAUAAACAGCAAAGAGGAACAGGUAUUUAUCAAUGGAUUAAACCAAACAAAAAAUCAUGUCUGGAUUGGUCUUACUGACUCAGUUAUUGAAGGGACCUGGAAAUGGGUGGAUGGUACACCACUGACCACAGCGAAUUGGGGGAAAGGGCAGCCCAACAGCAACAAUGGAAUAGACCAGGACUGUGGGGAGUUUGUAUAUCGUCCAACCAGUCAAGGGUGGUGGAAUGAUGAGACGUAUUCCAUUAAAAAUAAAGGGAUCUGUGAGAAAUAG